AUGCUUGCCUACGCGCGAGAACGCUUUCCACAGGCUACCUUCGUCCACGAGGACGUGGCAGAAUAUUUGGGCCCAGAGGGUCGCCGCUACGAUCGCGUGGUGUUCAACGCCUGCUUCGGCAACCUGUUCGACCCACCUGCCGUGCUUCGGCACGUAAGUCGCAAUUUGCUUGCAGACGGUGGUCUCAUAGUGAUCAGCCACCCUUUGGGGAGAGACUGGCUGCGUGGAUUGCAGAAGCGGGAUCCCCAAAUGGUGUUGCAUGACCUCCCCGGGCACGCGGAAGUGGAUCGGAUGUUGAAAGAGGUCCCAGAGCUCAGUGUAGAGCUACUGGAAGAUGAGACGGACUACUACUGUCUCGUGCUGAGGCGCCAGGCAUAG